AUGCCUACACUGGAACCACUUCCGCCCUGCCCAGGCCCGAAGCUCGAGGCUUUCACGGACGACAUCACAAAGCACGACUUCAAGGUCAUCGAGUGUUUUGGAGCUGGGUGCCACUCUGGGGUUUGGAGGGUCGAGCUGGACGGAAAGCUCUACGCCAUCAAGAUUUUCAAUCAUGGCGGGACAAUGUCCACACAAUAUAACCCGGGGGAUUACUUCUGCGAAGGCUAUCAUUUUGAGGAACCUCCCCAACCAAGCGAAAGCUUGCCCCAGUCCGCAAUUGAUAGCCUGCUCCUGGACUCUUCUUCUUUCUACAACGAGUGUCGGGUAUUUGGGCGACUGAAGGAGCUGGGCCGCGAGGAUCUUGCCGUCAAAGUCUAUGGCUACAUACGCCUAGAUCUGCAAGACAAGAGGGUCCGACAACCUUUUGUCGAUCAUUUCAACACUUUCGAGCCUGUUGUCGGCGACGCAGCCUCUGGAGAGAAUGCGGAGAAAUUCGACAAACAUUAUGUUGCGAGCAUGGUGCAUCAGGGCCCGCACGACAUACCUGCCUUCGGCAUUGUCAAAGAAUUCAUUCCAGGGCCCCCAAUGAUGUUGUCCCAUGAAGCCUUACGUCGAAGAUCUGUAAAGCAACUCCCCCGACUGCUAAAGAACCUGCACAGCAUACACAAAUCGGGCAUUGUUAUACAGGAUCUCAAAGACUGUCAAUACAUCGACGGCCACCUCGUUGACUUCAGCCAUGCAUGGACAAUCCCGCACACCUACGGCCCAGAGGGCGGUCUCCGGCCGCGCUGGAUGUUUGAGAGCAUGGCGGCGUGGGAUAUCAAGUGCUUCCAGGAUAUUAUCGACGAAGAGAGAGCGGUGAACGGGGAUCUUGGCCUAGAUAUCAAAAUGCCCAGUGCUAUGGCUUUGAGUAACCAAGAGGUCCUGGGGCGUCUCCGACCUCGAGCCCAGACAUAUGGACCACUUCUACCAUAUUUGGCGUAUGAUCUUGAAAUAACUGAGCUUAGAACGCAUGAUCCAAAGUUCGACCCGGGACUGUUUGACUGGAGGGCGGCGCAGAAGAAGCCAAGCAAGAAGCCAGCUGGACACGUGACCAAACGAAAGGCGGCAACUGGACGCGUGACCAAGCGAAAGGCAUCAACUGGCCGAGGAAAGCAUAGAAAGGCCAAGAAAAGUAAGAAGACGGAGGGCGAAGAUGUGGGAGGGGAAUAG